CCUCUCUAACAGCACCGCAAACCUCACAUUACAAGAAAUGUCAUGUCGAUAAGAAUCUACAAGACUUCUAAUCAUACCUAGAGGGGCAGACUGUGGUGUACAUAUGUAGCAUCACUUGCGUCAGGAGUAACUGCAUCUCUACAGCCGCAUUUUACCUAAGCAGCAUGAAUAUGACGAGUCCACUCAGCCAGUCGACAGAUCAUCCACUGAUACAGAAAGAGAGACGCACUGCAUCUGGAUCCACUCCCCUCCCCACAGUCCCUGAAGCCGCGUCCAUCGCAUCAACUCCCGAACUACAACAAGGGGAAUUCAACCCAGCUGAUGGAGCAAAGCCAUCCUCUCCAUUCUAUCGCCAUGCCACACCAUCACUGGCUAUCGACCGACUGAAAAAGGCCGCCAAAGCGACGACGACAAGAUAUAGCCCCCUUGAUCCCGAAGACCCGCCCACGGUUCACCGACAGCCAGUGGAAUGCGCGAACCACCGUGAGUCGAAGCUCUGGGCUCAGAAGAAGCGACGCUGCGGAUGGAUGCAGAGACUGAGCCGCAAGCAACGCAUGGCGGUCAAGGCGACAAUUGCUGUCGUGACAGUUGGGACCAUGGUUGCGAUCGCGCUAGGGAUUACUGCUGCUGUCGGAGGGGCCGUGUGGAAGUCAGACACCCAGCAGGUAGUGAUUGGGGGGUAGGUGGGUGGCUGGUGAUCAGUUUGGUGUGAGUUGUGGCAGCCAAGUCUGUCUCUAGGGAGUUGAUGAUUCUCUCCGUGAUUGUUCAAGACACACAAUGCGUGAUUUUGGCGAACUGGAACUGCGGUACAAACAAGGCGUCAUGGGCUAAGGAUGAUAAUCAAGGGUUGGACAAGAGUUGCAAAGGGUGGGGGGUUGAGCUUCUAUGUACAUGUGAGUGUAAUGGCAGGGA